AUGCUGGCUUCGAUUGGAAAAAAAGCCAUGGUCACCUCAACCGACAUCCAAAGUUUCUCCGAAUACCUCAAGGGCUGCCGACGUAUUCUCGCUCUGCUGGGCGCAGGUGUUUCAGCAGCCUCGGGUCUUCCUACUUUUCGAGGAGCCGGAGGUCUAUGGCGCCAGUACGAUGCGACUGCCCUGGCAACACCAGAAGCGUUUGAGAUGAACCCUGCCUUGGUCUGGCAGUUCUACAGUCAUCGCAGACAUAUGGCCCUCCAAGCGCUGCCGAACAAAGCCCAUUACGCUUUAGCGGAACUGGCGCGCAGGAAUCAAGACUUCAUCACCCUGUCGCAGAACGUUGAUGGACUCUCUCAGCGAGCACAACAUCCCUCUGACCAGCUCAACCUGCUUCAUGGCUCUUUGUUCGACAUAAAAUGUACUUCAUUUUAUUGUCACUAUACUCGAAGCAACGACUUCUCUGAUCCGAUCGUGCCGGCAUUAGAGUUGCCCCAGCAUCCUUCAUUUCCUCAAACACACACGGUUGUGGAUAAGGUUAGUGAUCGGAUCGGUACAUCUGUCAACGCGUCCGAAGAAGAAGGGCCCUCUCGGAGGUACAUCGACAUCUCUGAUGAGAGCGUUCCCAUUCCAAAGCUCGUGCCAGAAGACCUGCCACGGUGCCCGGAAUGCAAGGGCCUCCUGCGACCGGGGGUGGUCUGGUUUGGCGAAUCUUUACCAACCGAGACUCUUAAAAGAGUAGAUUCUUGGAUUGAAAGUGCCCCAGUUGAUCUGAUCCUAGUCAUUGGUACGAGCGCACGUGUGUACCCUGCUGCAGGAUAUGUUGAUGUUGCUCGUGAUCAUGGUGCAAAAGUAGCUGUGGUCAAUGUGGAACAGGACAUGUCUAGUCGCGGCAAGCGUGAGUGUGACUGGUUCUUUCAAGGAGAUGCCAGCGUCAUAGUGCCCGAGAUAUUGAAGAGUGUUAUAGGUGACCUGUGA